GUCUACGCCUUCGACUUGUUCGCGCCCGAGUUCGUGGCGGCAUUGCUCGCCGAGGUCGACGCCUUCUACGCGUCGAAGCUGCCGGCCGCGCGGCCCAACUCCAUGAACAACUACGGCGUCAUCGUCAACGACGUCGGCCUCGAGCCGUUCGUCAAGGCCCUCCAGGACAAGGUCUGCGGCCCGCUGGCCCAGGCGCUGUUCAAGGCGCACCCCCACGGCCACCCGGCGGCGGACUUCGACUCGACGCACUCUUUCAUCGUCAAGUACCGGGGCGACGAGGACCCGCACCUCGACGUGCACACGGACGACUCCGACGUGACCUUCAACGUCUGCCUCGGCCGCGACUUCGAAGGCUGCGGCCUCGUCUUCUGCGGCAUGAUCGGCGCCAAGGACCACCGCCAGCACUGCAAGACCUACGAGCACCGCGUCGGCACGUGCGUCUGCCACCUCGGCUCGAAGCGCCACGGCGCGGACGACAUCACGCGGGGCGAGCGCCUCAACCUCAUCGUCUGG